AUGUCUUCUCUUGCGCUCCCCCUUCCCCCUCCCCCUUUCAAAUCCCCUGUCUUCAUGGCUGAUAGACCACGAGCGGCCAGCGACGCCCGCGCUGCCCAAGACCGCCCCACUCUCCCUCCUGUCCGUGACCUCUUCCGAGAUGAGCUGGCUCUCUCUCCGCGGCCACCAGGGAGCACGACCCCGCCAUGGAACGACCCCCAAGCACAGCAGCAGCAACAGCAGUACGGCCAACGACCGCAGGGUCUCGCUGUACCGGCAUAUGCCCAUCCGGCGCUGUCGCCCUCGGGACAACAUCUCGCGGGACCAGGUUUGCAAUAUCCGCCCUCGGGAAUGCACCCGCACGCCCUGCCUUCGCAUGCACCUCACCCUCAUGACCCAGCUGCAGCGCAGUACGCAGCCUCUGCUACCGCGCCAAUGAACUACUAUUCUUUGCCAGGCACACACAGUGCAGGCCAGAGGAUGGAUGACUAUUACGCACAGCAGCAGCGCCAACACCCCCAGCGUCCCGAGAUAUCUCGCGGCCAUUCUUCCGGGUACUACGCGGCUCAACCUCCAGGAGUUGCAGGACCGUCUCCGCCCGUGCCUUACGUCUAUCCCAACCCAGGCUCUCACAGCCGCAACACCUCGCAAGACACGUCCACGAGCUCGGAAGGGAUACAGUCGCUGCGAUACGAGUGCGAAUACUGCGGCAAGGGCUUCUCCCGCCCGAGCAGCCUCAGAAUCCACCUCAACAGCCACACCGGCGAGCGGCCUUUCGUGUGUACGUUCGAGGGCUGUGGUCGCUCUUUUAGCGUCCUCAGCAACAUGCGACGUCACGCCCGUGUGCACACCCAAGCCGCCGGGCAGCGCGAAGGUGACAGCGACGACAGCGACGGCCAGUCCCGGGGUGCAACGCCUUAAGCGCUGCGUCCUUGCUGGCAAGGUAGUAGUCUCGGUAUCGCCGGACCCAACGAACAGGUAGCAUUUCAUGUCACGACCAGCAAGAUUCCGCCACGAAUUUCUCCAUCGAUUCAGGUUCUUCAAGGGGCACAAUCAAUCCAGCAUCGACCGCAAGUCUUUGGACGUUAUCUAUUUAUCUGACUGCUCAUCUAGCAUUGGUCCUUGACGCUUUUUGACGAAUCAUGCAUUCAUUCAUCGGCAUCCUUAUUUAUCCGCACAUUAUUUAUCGGCAUACGUACUCAUAGCUUCUGUAUUUAUCGCAUCUU